AUGGCACAACGGGAGAAUCUCCUUAUACCAGAAUUAAACGAGAAUUUAGGAGAAUUACAAGCCGAUUGCGCAUCCCGACCUUCACUUGCUGGGCCAACGCACUCCUCGAGCCGUCAGCUGUUCCACCUUCCCCGUCACUCACACAACAACAUUGAUGCUCUUUUCAACGCUUUAGUACAAGUUCGAAGAACCACCAAGAUGAUAGACGUCACGGUUAAAACCCUGGAUUCCCAGAAUCACAGGUUCUCAGUUCCAGAUGAUAUCACUGUAAAGCAGUUCAAGGAUAGGAUAGCAUCUUCUGUGAGCAUCCCAGCAGACAAACAGCGACUGAUAUACUGUGGUCGCGUCUUACAGGAUGAUAAGAAACUUGCAGAUUAUAAUGUGCAUGAAAAAGUGGUGCACCUGGUGAUGAGAGCCCCCCCUCAGGCCAACAGUCGCACUGCAGGCGGAGGUGCCAGUUCCUCAAGCAAUGGAGCCGCAGGGAGCAGCCAUCACCACCACCACCACAUCCGCCGCCAGCCAGGAGUAGAAGGUGCACAGGUCCUUCUUGGAUCAUUUGUUGUACCUGAAGAUAAUGAGCCCAUAGUUCCACCAACACAAGGUCCUAGCUCAUCUGGUGUCCGCCUACACCAAGCCAGGACAAUGCUCGAGCGUGCAUCAAAUGUCCUCGAUCAAAUGGAUCGCAGACUUGGCUCAGGAGAGGAAAGAACACCCUCCACAGAAUCAACCUCAGAUAAUGAUCAAGUUAGCAGUCCAGUUCAGGUAGCUGAUGAUACUAGAGGAGAAAGGGGAGCCAUGGAGACUGAUGCUGUAGAAGAUACACGACCAGUAGCAGGUGAAUCUAUGUCAGAUGAAGGUGUAGCCACAGCUUCAAGCACAGCCACAACACCACCUAGUGAUGAGAUGGAAGCACUGUACUCAGAGAUGGAUGCCCUAAAUAAUAUGGACCCAACUGCAAUGGUCCCAGCAUCCAUGACCCCUCCUAUGAUGGGUGCAAUAAACAGCAGUCUGGCAGGUGGCCUUGCACAGGCUGCUUCAGCAGCUGUAGCUUCAGCCCUGUCUUCUCUGGCACGUGGGGGUUCAAGCAGCGGAAUGUCUGGCUCCACCAACACAGGAACCGGUGGCGCUUCCUCCUCCUCCACAUCUACCACAGAGUCUACCACGAGCAACACAACCACAACAAAAACAGCACCACAGACACCACAUCAGGGACUACUGGCUCUGGCAGUAGUGUCGGUGCUCCUCCUCGUGGCAUCCCUCCGGACAUGAGACCAACAGGUUCAGGGGGAGGCAGACAGAACACACCCACCACAGGGGCUUCAAACACCACUACAAGUAACACAACAGACAACGCUGCUAGCACAUCUGAAAAUACGGGCAGUAGGAGUGGCUCGGAAGGUCAUGAAGCCCCGAGUGGAGCAGGAGCAUCGGGUGGAGCUACUGCUACUGUUGGAGGUUGGUAUUGCUAGUGUGGGAG